AUGGAGGCCGGUAGGGAGCGAAUGGCCGCCGCUGCCGCCGCCGGUUCCGCGGCCAACGCUGCCAACCGCGGUGGGUCCUCCCGCGCGAAGCAGAUGCCCGACUCCACGCCGAAGCUCCGGAUGACCUGCGACCGGUGCGCCAUGUUCAAGGUCCGGUGCGACAAGAGAAGGCCGAGCUGUGAACGGUGCGAGGCCGCACAGGCCCAGUGCGUCUACGGCCCAUAUCGCUGGAAGGGCAAGCCCAGUGCAGCCCGUUCGCCGUCCGUGAUGAACACAGGACAGGCGGCCACGGCCACGGCAGCACGGACAACAGCAACAACGGCAGCAACGCCCAAUACGACGACGACGACGACAACAACCGCAACCGCCGCAAGCACGACCUGCAGCUCACCUUCUGCCAGUUCAGGGAGCCUGAGAGCAACCCCCAGCUGGGACUCGGCAGCAGUGCCGCUCCUGCAGGAGCCAUUCGGUCUCGCUGGGCAGAAGGCUCCUCCAUGGUCACUCCCCGACUUUUCUGCCGGCAGCGUAGAUCCGGAUCUCCACGGCUGGGACAUCAGUUGGAUGGAUGUCGAUCCUCACGAGCCGGGGCCCGGACGGUCGGAUACGGGCGACAGUCUCAUGCUUACAGAUAAUGCCGAGACACUGGGCGAGUUUGCCCAGUUAGAACCGCCCUUCGACCCGGCACUGCGUAGGCCAAGACACGGUAACUCCGAGGCGACGCUACCAUUGCCGACUGAAGCACAGGAGCCCCAGGCGGGUUACUGCGAGCCCGUCUCCGAGGCUCCGGCUUUUCGGCGCGGCCCGUGCAGGUGCGCAGGCCUCGCGUCUGCCGUCUUGCAUAACAUGUACAACGCCGAGUCCCGCUGGCACUGCGACGGCAGCGGAAGCAGCACCAGCAGCACCAGCAGCACCAGCAACGAACCCUUUCUUCCGCGGAGCGACCAGAUCAUCAGGCUCAACCGCACGGCGGUCCGGCACCUGGAGCAGCUCCUGUCCUGCGACUCGGAAACGUGCACGCACGACUCGGCGGUGCCGUUGCUGGUCGCCGCCAUAUGCUCCAAGGUGCUGUCCUGGUACCGCGCGGUCUUCUCGGCCGUAUCGCGCCAGCCGUCGCCAGCCUCGAGCCCGGCAGAGUCGGCCGCGACGCCAACUGACAGCACCACCACCACCAACAACAACAACAGCAACAGCAGCAGCAGCAGCAGCAGCAACAGCAACAGCAACAGCAACAGCAACAGCAACAACAACAACACGACCUCGGACCUGAUCGACCCGAGCCUGCUGGAGCCGCUGUCGGAGAUCCUCACGCCGAUCCAGCUGGGCGAUCUGCGGCUCGACUGCCUGGCCAAGCAGCGCAUGAAGGCCCAGUUCCUGCUGUGCGAGGUGCAGAAGCUGAGCAAGGUGCUGGACCUCCUGCGGCGGCCGCCCGCCAAGGUGGGUCGCACGCCGCGGGCAUCUGAUCAUCCCGGGCCGUCGUCCGCGCGGGAGCCGUUGGUCCCGGCCAUGCACCAGUUCCUCUCGGCGAACCUGCACCACCUGACCACGCUGAUCAAGGAGUACUGCAUUGCCGAGCUACCCCGGCAGUAG